AUGGACAUUGCUGGUCCUUAUUAUGAUAAUUGUUCUAAUGUUUCUUCUGAAUUAUGGUGAGAUUGAGAUUAAGCUAGGAACACUUUUAAAGUUUUAAUAAUAUUAAAAUUAAAAACAAAUGUUUUUUACAGGACUCGGGAGAGUUCCGAUGAUAAAAGUUUCAUAAGUAUGCAGCGACGCAAUCCGGUGCGUCGACAACGAAACGUUUUAGAUGAAGAUCAGACAAAAGAUGCGAUUAAGGUAUGUUUUUGUAUUGUAAAAAUUAAAGCAAGUUUUGAAGUUACCGAAGUUGUUUUUUGUUAAAGCUUGUCACAUGUUUGGAACAUAAUUUCAAUGAGGUCUAUUGAAAGUAUUCAGAAUAUGUACAGUCAUAAAUUUUAAUUUUUUUUUGCAAUAGAAACAUUCGAGAAAUUUUUGUUUCAUAUUCUCAAAAAAUUCCAAAAAAGGAACUUUGAAAAAAUAACACAUUUUAAUGUUUAAAAAACAAACGAUGAAUGAAACUAAUUUACAUAAAAAUAAAAUAAUCACAGUUUUUGAGUUUAUCAUAACAUUUUUCGAAAAUGGAAAAAAAUACUUUGUUCCAAACAAAUUGUUUAAAACGAACACAUUUUCCAGCUCCUAGAAAAAUAUGUGAAACGAAAAUAUCGGCAUUCAACUUUCCUAAGCCAAGAUGCUGGAGAUUUGAGUAUAGAUCAAGCAGGAACUCCAACGGGACACACACAAUCAGCAUAUCAAUUACCGAGGUAUUCUUAUUCCCAUUAUUAAAAAUGAUUUGAAUAUUAUUUUAAGACAAAUAACAAAUCCAGCCGAACGUCUUUCACACAUUUUCAAUUCAACAGCUCUUGGUAAUAUCAAUUUGUCAGACAAUCAAUAUCCGCCACCAUCGCCAGUUUUUCCAGGGAAUCCUGAAACUUCUUUUAGAUCUGAAAUGAAGUAAGUUGAUGUUUUAUAAAAUUUGAGACGAAAAAAUAUAUUUGAGAGAUAAAAAGUUGCUGGAAACGAGAAAUGUCGUUUAUUAGGAUAUAACUGGAAUCUUAAAAAAACAUCCCAUCAUUUAGAAAAAACCCUAAUUAUACUUUUUCUAGAUUCAAAGAAAAAGAAACCUGGUAUCACUGGCUAAGUCGUAUUAUCAAAUUGUUAUAUUAUGAUUUGGGUUUUCAAUAUGUGGUUUUGGCAGUUUUUAUGAUAGCUUAUGCUUGUAUUGGUGGAUACAUGUUCAUGAUUUUGGAGUAUGACUAUCAAGCAAACGAACUGAGAGAGCAAUCUGAGGUUUUUCUUUUUUCUUCCUUUAAAUUUGACAUGCUAAAAAUAUAUUUUUAGAAUUUGACCAUAGAAUCUGUUAAAUAUGCAACUACAUUACUUAAAAACAUGACAACGAAAGGAUGCGUAAGUGAAUUUCUCUGAUAAAAAAUAAUUGUAUUUUUGAUUUAGUUGAGAUCUGCGCUUUCUGAUGAUUGUAUUUCAAUGAUUCGUCAAUCAAUAAUCAAUCGAUCGCUAGAAGUUGAAAGAAGUAUUAAAGGAUCACCAUGGAUUUGGGAUUUUUGGGGAUCUGUGUUUUUCGCUGCAACUAUUUUCACCACUAUUGGUAAGUUUGUGAAUUGAGUUUUUUUCUAAAAAUACAUGGAUAGUUAAAAAUUAGUGGGCUUUUAAUUGAAGUGACAACUUUCAGGUUAUGGUAACUUGGCUUGUAAGACACCGAUGGGUCGAAUUGCAACAAUAAUCUACGGUUUAAUAGGAAUUCCGCUAGGCUUAGCAGUUUUGAAAAAAUAUGGAGAGUUUUCAAUUCAUCAAGCUCAAAAAGUUCGAGUUUCUUUGAAAAAUUAUUUUCGGAGUUGUGCGACAAAGAAAGGAUUGAAACGAACAGCUACUGUAGAAUCAAUUGAAUCGGAUGAUAUCAAAGAAAAUGAAGAUUCAGAGCAAGUAUGUAUUCAGAUAAAAUUGAAAAAAAUCUGAAAUGUUUCAGUCCUAUGAUUCAACAUCAUUUCCUCUUCGAUGGGCUUUGCUCUUGGUUUUUCUAUUCAUUUUCAUCUGCUCUUUUAUAGUUUCGUUUUUUGAGAAAUGGGAUUUUUUGACUGCUGUCUAUUUUUUCUUUGUUUCUUUAUCAACAAUUGGAUUCGGUGACAUUAUUCCUGAAAAUCCAAGAACUGCAUGUGGACUUUUUAUUUUGUAUUUUUUGGGACUAGCGCUGUUUUCGAUGGUUUAUGCAAUUUUACAGGUUAGUUUUUUUCAAAAUUAAAGUUAAAAGUUUUGGGUUUAUUAAAAAUUAAAAUUUUAAAAAUUCAGAUGUAUCUUCAAUUGUUGUGGUUACUUUUCAAAACUUUUUUGAAUUAUUGUUGUAUCUUACUUCUGGUUGAUUUGGAUUUUUUGAAAGUUUGACAGAAACUGAGCCAAAUUUGAUUGAAAUACAUUUUCAAAUCAUUUCAACAAAUACAAAAAAAAUGAAAUCUCAUAAUUAAACAUCAAAUUUCAUCAAACCUCAAUUAUUGAACAAAAUAAUAAGAAAUAAAACACAAAACAUGUAGUCUCAACUCACAAAAAUUCAUCAAAGUUCACUUUUUACAUCAUUUUGACAAACAUAAAUAUUGAAAUAUUUUUUUCAUUAAAAGAAGGGGUGUAGGCCGAUGAAGAAACAAAAGUUUUUUUGUUCGGAAAAUGUAAUAAACACCGGGGAAAUCAAAUUUAAGGAACUCCUGGUGGACAUGUUUGUAAAGGCCGUGAGGAAACUUUUAUCACGAAAAAAACAUGAAUGAACAUUGAUCCUGUCUAAACCAUCAACGACCCUCCCAUUAUUCUUACUUUUAGGAACGUGUUGAGAAUCGCUACAUGUGGGCCCUCGAAUUAAUCGAUUUGGAAUAUCAAGAAACCCAAAAGUACGAGAUGGAAAGAAUACAGGAAGAAGAAUUAGACAAUUUCAAAAAAUCCGGCGUUAACAACAGACCGACCAAACACACUUCAACCACAAGUUCGAUGGCGACCAAAAACAUCAGCGACAAGCAUUGAAAAUAUGCCAGAUCGUCCAGAAAGUGAAAGACGUUUUAGCGGUAUAUUAUUCUUUUAUUUACUAGUAAACUUUCAAAAUAUCUUUAUUGCAGUUUUCACACCGGGAGAACCACCACAAUAUGCACCACCAGUUCUUGGAGCAUUAUUAAUGCACAAUGUUUCAAUGAAGAAAAAAUUGUUGGCUAGAUCUGAGAGUAUUUUGAACAAAAAAGGUUCAAAAAGAGUGAAUUCUCUUUUCCCGAGCAAUGAAAUGCUCUCAACACCUGCUAACAGUUCACGUGGAGGGUAAUUACAUAAUAAUUUCACACGUUUUUUAUAUAUCUUUUAGAUCUCCAUGGUUGUUGAACUGCGAGAUCAAUAACCCAAAGGAGCCUACAAUGUUAGGAAAGUCAAGCGGAUUGUCAGCUCCUAAUCUGGCUCCGGGUAAUCGGAGCCCAUCGGGUGCUCUUUCGGUGAUUACGGAAGCUAGCGAUGAGGAUUCUAGAAAUACAAAAAUGAAUUUGUCGAGUAUUAGGAGAUUUUUACCGAGAAUGCAAAAGGAGGUGUUGUCAGAGUCUGGUGAGUUUUGGGAAGAAAUUUGAAAUUUUCGAAAUGAAAUUUUCUGCUGUAUCAAUUUUAGGGAUCAAGCUUUCCUUCAGAUAAUAUUUAUAUAAACAUUUUUUGGCUCAAUAAAAUCUCAAAGAAUCUCAUAACAUCUGUUCUCAUAAAAUGUCCAUCUCUCAAAAAAUGUUUAUAUAAACUUUUUUACCAAGGAAAUGAAGAAAUCCGCAAGAUAAAUAAACAUUUUUCAUUUUUCAUCAAAACAUCUCUUAAUCAUCCAUUUUCAAAAAAACGAGCGUUUAAAAAUAGAAUUUUUUUGCACUUUUUGCGUCUAAUGAGUCUAGACAUGUACAUUUCAGAGAGUCGUGAAAGCUUGGAUCAAAUUUUAGAAGAAUUACAAUUGGAGCCUCAAGAAACUGAUCAAAGCACAACUCCAAAACCAUAUCAAACAAGGAAAUCGCAUCGAGAAGUUGCCACAAGUUCCGAAAAAACACCAUUUGCUUCAAAAGACGAAGAUGACGGAGAUAUUUCAAAUUAA